UUCAAAGCCCCGUAUGUUCUACGCCAUCACGCCACGACCCCACAGCCAGGCAGGGACGCUGAGAGGCCUAGUCGACGGAAGGAGCAGGGGAGCGAAGAAAGAGGUUCAGGGUUGAAAAAGGACUGAGGUGUGUGGGCAGGGUUGACGGACUAGGCCUCGGUGGCCAUGGCCAUGGACUUUGGGGAUCCAGGAAUCGGUUUCCACCACAGGGAGGUGGUGGAGUUCAUCAACGAAGAGGUGCGUUGCAAUGGCGGCGGCCCGGAUUUCUAUGUGGCCUUCCGCUCGCGGCCCUGGAACGAGGUGGAGGACCGGCUGCUGACCGUGGUGGCCAACCCGCAGGUGCCGCGCGCCCUCAAGCGGGCCUGCACCUGGAGCGCGCUGGCCCUCAGUGUCCGCGUGGGCGCCCGCGAGCGCGAGCAGCAGACCUGCUGGCUCCGGCAGCUCCAGAAGCAGGUGGAGGAGCGCGAGGGUGCCGCCUGGGCCCUGGCCUCCGAGCUACAGCGCCUGCGCGAGGAGCGCGAGGACAUGGCGUCGCAGUUGCGCGGUGCCCGCGACCACCUGCAGCAGGCCCUGAGCGAGCGCGAGCUGCUGCGCGGGCAGCUCAUCCAGGCCGAGAGAUGGGCCCAGACCCACCAGGCGCCCUGGGAGGCCGUGCCCAGGCCACCGGGGGGGCAGCUCGGGCCGGAGACGUGGGCCAUGGGUGCUGGGGAGCACAAUACGGCACUAGACCCAGAGGUGCAGUGCGGGCAGGAUGGCAACGCCCAAGUGGGCGCUAAUGCCACUGGUAUGUUUUAUGUGCCAGGGCCCCCAAAUCCCUGGGUCCAGGUUGUUCAGCCCCCACCGCCGGUGCUGCUCCCCACACCAUGCCCAGUGGGCCCCCCGGUGGCACCAAUGGCCUUCCCGUGCCACCCUCCACCACCAGAAGCAGCGGGGGGCGCAGCAUACCCACCCCAGAUGCCACUGGGGGUGGCCGGUCUACCUACAGAGUGGCCUGCAGCUACCCAAGAGCAUAUGGCUCCGCAGUGGAACCAAAGGAACCAAGGCCAAAGGGAAUGUUCUGUGAGACCCCACGUUAUGCAUCCCUCUGAACAAAACUGGAACCCAGGAGACUCGGGAGAGCAAGACCUUCAGGGGCAGAGGUCCACAGUACCAACAGGUAAGACAACGUUUGAACCCCUGCAGGAGGAAAAGCUUGCCCCAGACCUGCGGAGGAGAGGCUAG